AUGGUGACCCUCAUUACUCUUUGUUCUCAGACUGGUUAUUAUCUCAUCACGUGCAGAGCCCAAGGCCGUCAUCCGGAUUAUGUCAUCCCUCUUGUUUUAACCUCUAAGACACAAGAGAUCUUUAACUGUAAGGUUGAUGAAGAUAUCACUCCUGACAAACCUUUUAAACUCUUAAAGAAAGAUGAAAUUCUUAAUGACAUUAAAGCAAGGGCCGCUGUGUCCGAUUUCCACCCAUUUAAAGCCCUUGUUGUGGAAUAUCCUGGAGAGCAGAUUCUGCUAGUCCUUGAUAGAGAAUUUAAAUACGGCCAGAAUUUCUAUCUAGUAUCAACCGAAGAAGCCAAGGAGAGCAUUCUCCACCCUCCAGAAGGCACAACUGAUGAAGAUGAAGGAGAUGAAGAACUUUUUGAUGAAUAUGUUCCUCACCCUCUUAUCCUCAAGCCGUGGAUCUCACUGGGAAGUGAACUGGAAAUUGAAGAAGAGUCCGUGAACGAGCGUCAACCCAAGAUAAAAUAUCUGAUUUCCCGGAUUCACAGAGAGUUUGGUUCUCCUGUCACUUUCGGUGAUCGCAAUGCAUCUGAGGUGAGAGACGGGUACAUUGAUUGUGCGUCAUACCAAGACAAGCGUUUCAGUAUCCAGUAUAAGGAACGGGAUGCAGGAAUCCAGGCGAUAGCCAGUAUACAGAAUCAGAGCACUCAGACCAAGUGGACGUACCCUAGAAAUGCCUGCACACAGUACGAAUCUCGCACAUUUUCGGAGGAAGAAAUAAAGUCUUGUUUAUCGUCUGAAAGUCUAAAUCAGUUUAUUAACUCAGUAUCUACACGGUUGGAAUUAGUGCUGCAGCAGAACGAGAUAAUGAACGCUUUUCUGGAUGACUGGAACGUUCUGUCAGAAGAUGACCGUGCAUUUGGAGGGAAAUCCGAUUCUCACCUUAAAGAAUUUCAGACGUUCACUGAGCACCAUUACUGCAAAGAUAAAACCGUCAGCUGCAUACACUGGCAUCCGUCCAUUCCUGGACUGGUCGCAGUUUCUGUAACUGAACGACUUUCAUUCGAGGAGCGUGUGAACCUUGCCCCCAAGUUACUCCUCAAGCCAUCGCUGAUUGUGCUCUGGAGUUUCUCGGAGCCGAUUCAACCACAGAUGAUGCUCCUUUGCCCCAGUGACAUUUACUGCUUUCAGUUUUGUCCAAGUGACCCCAACAUUAUUGCUGGAGGGUGUCUGAACGGCCAGGUCGUACUUUGGGAUAUCUCAGCGUAUCAGGAAAAGCUCACGUCAAAAAGCAACCCAAGCAGCAGCUCUGCUCCCAAGAGCGUGCUGGAGCCCAAAGGGUCACCUCAGCCCCCUCUUGUGCGAUACUGUGCGGUUUCCUCCAUUGAACACGGCCAUAAAGAAAUUAUAACCGACAUUCACUGGCUGCCGGACUACUUUGAGGUGACCAGAACGGGUUCUACGUUUGAGAAUAAAAGUGGGUGCUGCGUUCAGCUUGUCACGUGUUCUCCUGAUUGUUCUGUGAUGUUCUGGGAUAUACGAUCUCAUAAACCUCCAAACAUAACUGAUAGAAAACUAACAGAACAAAACCAGCUGGAUCCCCAGGGCGUCCCUGACACAUUCCGACACCUCGAUCUGGUCUGGAGGCCUCUGAUAAAGGUCACAAUGUUCAAAACUGGCGCAGUUGGAGAAUACAGCCCCACGAGGAUCAGCCUGAACGAGGAACAUUAUCACUGCAGGACCAGCGAGAAGCUGCAUAGCCAACUGAGAGAGCAGAGAUCAGAGGGGGGAGCUGACUACAGGAAAUUAAGAGUUUUCUCUGGCAAAAAUCCCAAGGCUCUGGACAACAUCAACACAAAGUUCUUUGCUGGAACAGAAGAUGGAGAGCUGAUCUACACAGACUGGAAAAUGGAGAAAGAUGGCGACACCGGGAAAUUAAUUAGCUCCAAGCCCUUGCAGGCAUACAGCGUACAUGAUGGCGCAGUGCACACAGUGCAAAGGUCUCCAUUCAUUCAGGACAUUGUUCUCACAGUCGGAGGAUGGAGUUUGGCGAUCUGGAAAGAAGGCGUAAAUAGUGGUCCUAUUCUGCAGUCCUCUUGCUUGCAGAGGAGAUACACAGCUGCCCACUGGUCUCUGUCGAGAGCUGGACUUUUCUUUGUUGGCACAGAAGAUGGCAAUGUUGACAUCUGGGAUCUUUUGGAGAAAACCCAUGAACCGUGCCAGACACAGAACAUAUCUACAGCUAUGAUUACAUCCAUUAAGCCAUGGAUUGUCUCUGCCAAGCAGCAUUUCCUGGCUGUCGGUGAUGACCUCGGGACUCUACACAUAUUAGAAAUCCCAUGGACUCUGCACCAUCCUUCUGCCAAUGAGAUUUACACCAUCCAAAGUUACUGUGAUCGAGAAGUCAAACACCUCGAAUACUCAGAGCAGCGAAAAGAGGGAAGGAAACUCGUAAAGACACCAGUGGAAGUGUCUCCAGCCAGCAAGCUCGAUGUAACAAUCCCACAUGUAACACCCAAGGAGCAGAUUGAAGAGGAAUCCAGCCGGCAAUACGCAGCUUAUUUGGAAACUGAAAACACCGUCCUGACUGCUAUUGGCUGGAUCAGUGAAGAUAAAAACAAGCCGGCGUAAUUCUGUGCAAAAUGUACACAAAGUAUCAGCAAAUUCGAGACAAAUUUACCAUGCGGUGCCUAACAAUAACUCUUAGCCAUACUGAACUGUUAAAGCAAUUCCUAGAUUUUGAGAUAAAUUUAUUCAAAACUUUACAAAUGUACUUUGGAGGGGCAGGGUCUGUAUCUUUCAUUAGAGGUGAUUUACAUGUCCUGCAGCAUGGUGCAAUAAUAUAGAUAUAAUAAACGCAGUUAUUAAGUA